AUGCGGGCAACACCGAUGCGACCGACCUUGCUCCCGAUUGCACGACUAGUGACUCGAUACACCUGCUUUACCCGAGCGAGCUUCCACUCACACGAGCAUCCUCCAUCAGCGAAGUCGUUCGGUGACGUGGAAAAUGCUAUCCUUUCCGCGGCCUAUCAGCAUGUGCCGGAACACGGCUUCUCUCACAGCGCCCUGAGCCUCGGAGCGCGCGAUGCUGGUUAUCUCGACAUCAGCCCCAGCGCCUUGUCGGACGGCGUGUUCAGCCUAAUACAAUUCCACCUUGUCCGUCAGCGACUCGCUCUUACAGAAAAAAGCAGAGCGUUGUUUGAUGCAAGUAACACGAACAUUUCCGGCAACGGGAUUGGAUUCAAGAUAGCUACAUUAGCGUGGGCCAGACUUAUGGCAAACAAGGGCAUUAUUCACAGGUGGCAAGAGGCACUCGCCGUAAUGGCCCAGCCGAGCUACGUCCCAGCCUCUCUGAAGGAACUCGCCAUGCUCUCGGACGAGAUGUGGUAUCUAGCUGGCGACAAAGCAGUAGACUCCUCCUGGUACACCAAAAGAGCAUCACUUUCGAUGGUAUAUAGCACGAGCGAGCUAUUCAUGACAAACGACAAGUCGCCGGGCUUUGUUGAUACACGCAAAUUUUUGGAUAGAAGGCUAGAAGAAGUGACGACAGUGGGAGGAUUUGUUGGAACUCUUGGGGCUUGGGGUAGCUUCACCAUGAAUGCAGGUGUCAACGUCUUGAGAAGCAAGGGCAUGAGGGUAUGA